AUGUUGGAUGAAAAUCACCAUCUGAUACAGUGCAUUAUGGACUAUCAGAGCAAGGGCAAAACAGCAGAAUGUACUCAAUACCAACAAAUCUUACACAGAAAUCUGGUUUACUUGGCCACCAUAGCAGACUCUAAUCAGAAUAUGCAGUCCUUGCUGCCUGCUCCACCAACACAAAACAUGAACCUCGGCCCAGCUGGAAUGAGUCAGAGUGCCUCCAGUCAGUCUCUCCAUUCACAAAGCAACCUCAGCGAUGCCAUCAGCACGGGGCUUCCAGCAUCCUCUCUCAUGCAGAGCCAGAUUACCAAUGGUCCCAACCAUGUGUCUAUGCAGCAGUCGGGCCAGAAUACCCUUCCCACGACCUCCUUGAGCAUGAGUCUCAGCAGCCAUGGAACUGGGCCCAGUUAUAGUCACACGGUGCCUGCGUCUCAGAGCGUUGCCCUGCAAGGCCAGGGAUCAAUCGGCAACUACGUCUCGCGAGCAAAUCUCAGCAUGCAGUCCAACCCAGUUUCCAUGAUUCACCAGCAAGCAGCGACAUCACAUUACAACUCUGCGCAACCAGGAACCCAACAUUACCAAGGGCAGUCUUCCAUUGCCAUGAUGAGCCAGAGUAAUCAAGGAAACAGCCUCAUGGGGCAGAGGCCAAUGGGCUCUUAUAGAGCUUCACAGCAAGGUUCUUCUCAGCAGUACAUGGGCCAGGAGGAAUAUUAUAGCGAGCAAUACAGUCAUGGACAAGGAUCUUCAGAAUCCAUGAACCAGCAAUAUUAUCCUGACGGCCAUGGUGAUUAUGCGUAUCAGCAGUCGUCUUAUUCUGAGCAAAGCUAUGAUCGAUCAUUUGAGGACUCCACACAGCACUACUACGAAGGAGGGAAUUCCCAGUACAGCCAGCAGCAAGCCGGAUACCAACAAGGAGCUGCCCAGCAGCAAACAUAUUCCCAGCAGCAAUACUCAAAUCAACAAACUUAUCCAGGACAACAGCAAGGAUACGGACCUGCCCAAGGAACUUCGUCACAAUAUUCUAGUUACCAACAAGGACAAGGACAACAGUACGGAAGCUACAGAGCUUCACAAACCGGACCAUCUGCACAGCAACAGAGGUCUUAUGGCUAUGAACAGGGCCAAUAUGGAAACUAUCAGCAAUAAAAUGACAAGCGCCUGUGUCACCUUUGUUUUCAAUAUUUAUGUCCAUUUUUUGGGAACUUGGAUGUAUGGGCAAGUCUUUUUUUUUUUAAUGAUUGAU